AUGAAGACGCGCACACGAAGUGGCUGGGGCGGCGCGGUGCGACUUCCGCAGUCGCUGCUUCUCCCGUCUCUCGCCUUGAUUCUCAUGUUUCUGUGCGUGCACACUUCUUGUGCCAAAGUAGCCGAAGUAAAAGCGAAAGCAUGGCUAAGCGCACCAGUAUCAGUCUGGGAUAUCAUCACGAGCGACCCGAAGACAGAAUUUGCCACGACUCAGGCGGUGACGGUGGACUUUAUUACAGCAAUUCGAGUUCACGACAGCACUGCAGUAGUCGUCGUGACGUCUGUAAAGCCCGUGACGUCGCAGAAGGUGUGGGCCGGUGGUCCGGCCUACGGCGCAUAUGCUCAGUUCUCUGCGAUGACACGGUUAAGCAGGGAUGAGGUACUUGGGGUACUGCGCAGUUCCCAUCUUAGCACCAUCAACAGGAUCUUCCAGGGCGUGGGUUUCGUCGCAACGGUCGAGGUGCUGGCGGCUGAUGGGCCGUCGGUCAUGAAAGCUGUCGAACCGGUGCUGCUGCCGGUGACGGGGUCGACGUUUUUUUGGGACUUGCUGCUCAAUGCGCUCAUGACCCAACAUCCUAUAAGCAUCGAUGCCUUCAUGUACCCACUGCAAACUGAUAUCCAGAACUCAGUGGACCCCACCGUGAGUGAUUACCUCGUCGAAGCAACUCCGUCGACAAACAUAGUGAACGCAUCUAGCUGGUUCGUGUCAUACAACGUCUGGGCUUUCCCCCAAGCCGAGGUAACGCCGAGUACGGGGUCCCGCCUCAAAGCACUCGCCAUGAAGUCAAGGAUGCCUCUGUUUAACGGGUACAUGGAGACCGUGAUGGACAUCUAUCCAGAUCUCAAGGCUUUCUCGGACCUCUUACCCACCAAGCUGCACGCACGGAUGCCGCCGCUUGGUAACCCGUUCGAAGACAACAGCACCAGUGACCCGGAUAAAAUCUUUGAGGUGCUCGCGAACGAAACGGGCGACUACCUUCUCGUGUUCAGCGGUGAUGCUGACAGGUGGGACCAAGUGUGGGAGAAAAGCCGUGAAGCCGUCAAGAAAUCGAUCGAGGAGGCGAUCGAAGAUAGGCUGCAUCGUCGCACCUUCCUGAACAGGGCCUUUGUCACCUCUGCCAAGACGUUGCGGAAUGAUUCGGUGACCACUGGUGGGCUGCAGGUGCUCUGCCGUGUUCUGCAGGGCAUAACGAGGGUUUCCAAUCACCCGUGGUCACCGGAGGAGGUGCCACCGUUGCUGUUGCAGGCCAACUACAGCGCAACGCAAGCCCUCUACAUCUCGGGCGGCGGUCCGGUCGAGGCGCACACGAAGCUGCCACCUGCAGCGGCAUCCCAGUCGAUUCUGUUGGCGGCUUCCUAUGAGGGCUCGCCCGGUUCGAUCGCCACAACAAGCAUCAGCUACGACUCCAGAGUCCAACUGAGCAAAGACAUCGUCGGCAUUAUUGUCAUGUCAGUCCUGAUCAUCGGCGCGUCUCUUGUCGCCAUCAUCAUCACGGUAAGCUUCUGCUGCUGCUGCCCGCAGCUCAUCGGCGGCGGCGCCCGCAGGAAGCGCUCGGCGCUCUCGCACGCAAGCAUCACCCCGUAA